AUGAAACGGAUCUUUGUCAUCGCCCAAUCAUCGCCCGGCGUCAAGAACCUUGAUCUACUGCAGUAUGGGUUAUUGCUUGGGGCUUAUGAAUGUUCGCAAGGCCUGGAAUCUGCUUAUUCGACGUUAACACUGUGCAUAUCAUUGGCCCGGAUGAUUGAAAUCCAAAGCUACGAGUCUAAUGACAUCGAUUCAAGACACCCGGAAGAAAAGUUGAUAUGCGGCUAUGCGCUAGUAGCCUUGGAUCGCCUCAUUGUCCUCUCUAGCAUGGACUAUCGUUUGCCGUUGCUGCUUCCUGACGAGCAGUCUUUCCCCCUGAUAGAAGAGCAUGACCUCGAAUUGGACGAGGGUCUAAAAGUCUACGGCUAUACCGGAAGAAUGAAAAUCACAGCCACGGUGGCACGAUUAGUCGGCAAUACUCUGUCGUAUUUACGCUGCUGUCAGCUCGGAAGAGCUCCACAAGUUGAUUAUGCAACUAUAGACAGCUCUGCGCAGUCUUCGCUCGGGACGCUUUUACAACUUUCUGAGGAGAAGGCAUUCCUAAACUGCGAGCCAACGUCGAUGGCAAUUAGUACGCUGAUGGCACUCCGAUGCAGUCAUGACAGAAGUAGAAGUGGUCCCAGGGACUCCAAGGACGCCACUGAAUUGUAUUCAAUAGCAAGCAUGACUUUAGAAAUGUGUCUUUCGGCUUCCGACUUCAUCAGGUCCAACGGCGUCGAGAACCUGUCCUUCAUUGGCCUUUGUUGCGUAUGGCGAGCAGUUUUACCUUUGUUGAGCCUCAAGGAUUUUCCAAUUUCAGCUCAAGACCUAGAGACUCUCAGAAGAGAACUGCAGCGCUUUAGCAGCUGUUGGGCAAUAGGCGCCACCUUUUUGCAACACUUUGAUCGAUUAGUCCACCUAAGGAGCCUUUGA